GUCUGUGCUUUGUGCGCGUCUCAGAUUUGAAGAUGCUCUUCCACCCCGCUAUGGUCACCAACCGUCCUCACCUGGUGGAUGUGAUGCCAGACAUGAGCUGGCUCUGGAGGCCGCGACGCCGCCGCUCUUCUUAUCGCCGAAUCAAGGAUGAUGUUGAGAGCGGCCUUCUCGCGUCUGCUCCUACCGCCGAGCUGUCAGUCGUCGUCACGGGCAGCAAUGCCGCUGCCGUCGAUGAGGAGAAUGUGCUGCCUCUCAUCCUUCCGCAUCUCCCUGUUGACGAACUGGUGACGGCCCGGGCGGUGAGCAAGGCCUAUGGCACAGACCUCGUGGACGAGGCCGCCUUCUUGCGGCGCAUCGACUCAUGUCUCACCCAGCAGAAGCUCACCGGCCUCAUUGACGUGGAGAGGUACCGCACUAUCGACCUUCCCGAGUCCGUCUCCCGCCUCGACUACCUCUCUCGCUGCGCCUACGUCCUGGAGCAGGCAGGGCCAUGGAUGAAUGCGCUCAUCCGACUGGCGAGCGGCUCCCAGAUGAUUGAUCAGCUGCCCCUGGUGCUGACGGCCGAGUCCGUGCUGGCGCUUGUGCCGGAUAAGGCGACCUUCAAUCAGCUGCCGGCAGCAAUGGCCACCUACAAUGCUAUCGGCCCUCUCCUCUGCCGUGAGGAUAGAGAGAACGGCACGACGACUACGAUGGCGCUGCAGACAGGGGAGCGCGAGUCGGUCGAGCUUCACCCCAGCGCCUGCGCGCGAGGGUGCACCACCCUCAUCUUCAUGUUCUCCUACGUCGUCGCGAUCCUCGGUUCUGCAGCGCUUGGUGUCAUCCUGAACCCCGACCCUGACCGACAGAUGCAGCAGCUGACGCUGGAAGACCGCUGUCAGUUGGUGCUCUUCGUGCUCGUGGUGUGGACACUCUGCCUCAGCCUCUGCAUUGCGGCUUGUGCGUGCGAGGACUGGUACAGCGCACGCCGCCCAGUGCUGUGUGGCACCAUCAACGGGCUGCGUUUCCGGACAGCCUUCAAGGAGGAGCUAUCUCGGGGUCACCCAUACCUGAAGACCUUCAGCGAGAGCGACCGCUCCAUCCUUUACGUCACUCGCCCUGCAUGCCCUGAUGAAGGUGGCGGCGGAGCCGCUGACAGAGGUGGUCGACACGCAGCUGGAACGGAACGACACCCUCACCGACACCAGCACAGCGGAGGAGGAUGUGAUCGUCGUCGAGUGGCGAGAGGACGGGCUGGAGACGAGUGCGACCGACUGCAAACGGGCGAUGGUCGUGGUGCUGCUGAACGAGGGGGGCGAUGGGGCUGCGGUGGCUUCUCUGUCUUUUCUCGCACGGCGGAGGGUGGUGCUUGAGACAAGUGAGAGGGAGGUGGAGGUUGGGUGGACGCUGGACGAGCGCUUCCCCGUCACCAUUCCUGCAAUGCGGCAGCUGCUGAGGCAAUGGCGGCUCGAAGAUGCAAUACUGAGCACGACCCAGGGCACGACGUGAGCGUGUGGGUGGAUGUAUGUUGACACCGACCGAUAUAGCCAGCCGGCCGACUUGAGACGAUACGUGCUCCAGAUGAGUGAUGGAUCAUGAAACCGAUGUGCAUCCUCCAUCCACAAUGCUUUUCAUCAUAUGGGUAUGGCUUCCUAUCUGGCAUCUGGUUGGUCCGGUUUGAGGUGGUGUGCCGUCAGAAGAGUUUCCACUCCUCGUUGAAUCAUUGAAUAAAC